AUGGCCCUGAUCCAACUCAUCAGUCGACAGCCCACAAAAGACCAAACAGAAGAAAUUGACCGAGGAAGAGAAAAAUGGAAGGAAGCCGCUGCCAAUGAUAGAAAAAAGAUUCUGAAGGCGGUCAUAAAAGAGGCAAAGGUGCAUGCCCCUGCUAUGGAUGACUGGUCAUUGAAGAACAGAAAAUAUGACUGGUUAUAUAACCGGAGACCCGAGAAGACUCGAAAAAAGGCUCCUCCUGCAGCUGUCCAGGCGGACUUUGCAAAGAAGAAAGCACCUGGUUUGAUGAAGGACCUGGCAUCCAAGUUGUGGAAGCAGGCCGGUAUGAGAAUUUUUAUAUUAUCAGCAUGGAAAGAGGAAGACGAAGUGCGGAUCAAUGGAAUCGACUUCAAUGAAAAGUUGGAGGGCAAUAGUUUUACCGAUAUGAAAGACUGGAAGCCCAUGUUAUCAGAGUGGAAUGCCUAUGCUGGAGAAGAGUUUGGUGAGCUUCUGUUUGACAAUCUUGCAUUGUUCAGUCAAGUACUUAUGCGACAUAGGGUGAUACCAGAUGUUGACCUGAAUAAUGAUGACAAUGAUAGUGAGGGGGAGGUGAAAAAAGGCAGGAAGAAAGGCGGAAAGAAGGACGAAUAUCCUUUAGAGGUGGAUAGCUAUGGGCUUCCGGUCAUACUGGACAUGAAAGAGCUUAACCUUGAGAGUAAAAAGCAUCUUAUCAGGACGUUCCUCACAAAACACUACAGGUUGUGCAGCCAACAACCAAAGGUGUCUGUGCCUUGGGCCUCAGUGAGGAAGGCUCAGGGGGACUUUAUCGCAGCCAAAUUUUUACCUACCGGCUGGAAGCUUGACGAUCUAUCAAAGAUUUGGUUGGCUGAUGCUGACCGGCUGUUAGAGUUGUGGUGUCAAAGACAGAAGGGCCAUGUUCGCCCAACCUUUGAAUUUAAAGGCUGGGAAGGCGACAAUAAGACGAUGAGAGAACUGGCAGAGGUGAUUUCCGGAAACGGUUCUGACACAAGACCCAAGGAUCCAGUGAAAAAGUCUACCAGAAAGCGCACCGGGAGGGUGGAACAGGUGUCGAGUAGUGAGGACGAGGACAAGGAUGAUGAAGAUGAAGAGAAGGAUGACAACAAGAAGGACGAUGACAAUGAUGACGAGAAGGACGAUGAUGACGAGAAGGACGAUGAUGACGAGAAGGACGAUGAUGACGAGAAUGACGAUGAUGACGAUGGCACAUCGCCACCUCCAAAGUCGACACCUGUCACAAAUCGCCUACCGGUCAAGAAAUCCAGGCCAGUCAACAUGCGCAGCAGGGCUAGUCCGGCUCCAUCUGCUGCAGAGCAUGAAGAUCCCCACCCACCGGUCAAGAAAUCCGUGCCGGUUCCUUUGCCACCUAAAUUAAAACCAACUAAAAAGCGCGGUAGGGUUGAUCACAUUCAAUCUGAUUUAGAGUCGGACAGUCGGCCUCCAAGAAAGAAAUCUCAGCCAAACAACGCCAGCACCAGUUCUGCGCAAUCAACUGGUGCUCAUGACAACGAUCCUUGUCCUUCAAACAGUCGAGCAUUUGGUCCUACAUCUGGUGUCCAUGCCAAGAAGAAAAACCACAAAACACCGGUGCCCAAACCAACACCCGCUGCCCCAAGGACCACCGGCAAGAAAGCCAAAGGACAUGAAGCACAGACCACCGAUUCUGAGCCAAAGCGCUCUCUUAGAACUUCAAAGGCCUCUUACAAAGCUCAGUAUAUGCAGUAG